GCCGAAAACGCCGAAACAGAAGUAGAAGAGAAGACGAAGAAGAAGAAAACAGUGCGCUUCUUAGGUGCAAAUUGGAUAGUUCUAUUUACUAUACCGUAGCUGUCCUGUAUAUUACCACUAUUCUUUUUUGUAUAUUAACAUCAAAAUGCCAGCUGAAAGUCUGAGAUGGGAGACGCUGGAAGCUUUGAAAAACUCACCGAAAGCAAAAAUCAAAUACAGUCCAGACUGGCUUGAAAAGGGGGAGGACAUUUUAGCAGGCUGUAAAGAGGUAACCAGCCUGUCUCCUCUCUCUGAACAAGUUCUUAAGAGACUGAGCCCUCGGUCUGUGCUGAAAAGUGGUUCCUGCUUGGGUUCCGUGAUCCCUGAUGCUAGUACAUCUGAAGAUGGCCUCAUCUCUAGGUCAUCUGCUGUUAAAAUGUCACCACUGCUGCUCACUGUUGAAAAUGAGGUGAAGGUGGCUGAUAAUAAAUCAGAGAAUUUGAGCUCCACUGUGGACAUGUGCAGCAGUUCACCACCACCCAUCUCCUUCCUCUCACCCAAGCACACUCGGAUGGCUGGCUGCAUCCGCAUCUGUGAGAAGAAACAUUGGGCUAAAGCCAAGGCAGAGCUGAACCUGAGGCAGGAGCAGCAGGACUGUCUGGUGGCUGGUGUUGCCAGUCGGGAAUCAGAGCAGCUUAAACGCUUUGAGGAGUUCAUGGAGCUUAAGCAGAGACAGGAGUACCAGAGCAUGAGGGACAUGAUGGAAAAGGAAACACAGGAAAGCCUUGGACGCCAGGAGAAGUUAAAGGAAGAACACAGACAUAGAAUGAAAAUCCUAAACCUGCGGCUGCGGGAGGCAGAACAGCAGAGGCUGAGGGAGGCAGAGCUCGAGCGGCAGAGGCAGCUGGAGGGCAGGGAUAGGCUGAGAGCACUCAAUGCCAUUCAAGAGGAGGUGCUUAGACUCAAUCAGCUCCUGGAACCUGAAUGUUACACACAAACAAGCCCCACCUUGGACUAUACUUCUUACGUCACCCGGGGCAACCAACUUUGUUCACAGGUUUCAGAGGUGGUACGCACUACGACUGAAGGACAGUUUCCAACUGUUGAGGACAUGACUGUGGUAGAACAGGCCCUACAGGAAAUGAGAACACUGGUUAGAGCCAUCCAAGAGGAGCUUGCUCAGGCACAAGAGAAAAAGAAGAAUGAGCAGGAGGAAGAAGAGUAUAGGAAGAAACAGGCGGAGAUGAAACCCCAGCAAGAAGAACAGAAGAAAAUUGCAGCAUUAUCUGUUAAAGAGAAAGCCAAAAAACAAGGCCUGCAGACUAUAGCUGAUGACAGCACCUUGAAGUGGUACAAAGAACUGCAAAGUUUGGCCAGCCACUAUGCCCAGUCCUUUGAAGAUUUGAACAACACAAAGGAUAUGCAGACAAAAAAAAUGAGAAUGGAGCUCCAGAAAGCUGCAACAAUUCCUGUGAGCCAGAUCUCUAGUAUUUCAGGUUCCCAACUGAAGGAGAUUUUUGACAAGAUUGACAGACUGUUAUUAGGACGACCAGUUGUGUCUGGUGGAAAGUCAGUUUCCACAUCCCUGCAUCCUCAUGGACUAGAAUUUGUGAGCUAUAAAUUGGCAGAAAAGUUUGUGAAACAAGGAGAAGAGGAGGUAGCAUCUCACCAUGAAGCUGCAUUCCCCAUUGCAGUUGUGGCUUCAGGUGUAUGGGAGUUGCACCCUAAAGUAGGAGACCUCAUCUUAGCACAUCUCCACAAGAAGUGUCCAUAUGCUGUUCCUCACUACCCCCCAAUGAAGGAUGGCACCUCCAUUGAAGAAUAUCAACAGAUUCUGGGAUAUCGGGUGGAUGAGUCAGGGGUGGAAGGUCAGGACAGUUUCUUAAAAAGGAUGUCUGGAAUGAUCCGACUCUAUGCAGCCAUAAUACACCUAAGAUGGCCUUAUACUAACAAACAAGGGAUGCAGUUCUCAUAUUUCUCGCUACAGGCUGGUCCUCAUGGACUGAAUCAUGGCUGGCGUUGGUUGGCUCAGAUGCUGAACAUGGAGCCUCUUGCUGACGUUACAGCAACUCUUCUGUUUGACUUUCUAGAGGUUUGUGGAAAUGCACUUAUGAAACAAUACCAAGGGCAGUUUUGGAAGCUUCUGCUCCUCAUCAAAGAGGAAUAUUUUCCCAGGAUUGAAGCAGUCACCAGCAGUGGUCAGAUGGGCUCUGUAACAAGACUUAAACAGUUUCUGGAGAACUCCUUAAGAAACAAGCAGAUUGAGCCACCCAAAGGACAGCUGAACUCAGCCUUUUGGAGAUCCUGAGGGCUUUGAUUGUUCAUCUGUCAGCUACCUCAGUGCUUAUGAAGAAUAUACCAUGAAUCCUGACAAGCUGUUUAUACUCAGCCACUAUGUUCAAUAUUGAAGUAAAAGUGUCAUGGCUUGUAUUACGAUCCCACAAAUCCUUGCUGUGUGUGCUGCUGUGGAUGUUACAAAAUCAAAUUAUUUUGGUGUACCAAAAUAUCCAAUCAGUUAAUCAUGUUGCAGCACAGCAAUGCAUAAAAUCAUGUAGAUAGAGGUCGAGAAUUAAUGUUAAUCAGUUAAUGUUCACAUCAAACAUAGGAAUGUGAUCUUGGUGACUUUGACCAUGGCAUAGUUAUGACUUCAGGUUCAGUGAAACUGGACAAUUGAAAAUUCAGUAUGACCUGUAUGACCCAUGACCUGUUUCUGCAGGAUAUUAUGCAUUGCACUGCUGCCACAUCAUUGGCUGACUGGAAAAUUGCAUGAAUGUGAAGAGGUACAGGUGUUUCUAUUAAAGUGUCCAGUGUGUUUCAUGUAUUUUAUUUAGCCUGUGGUAUAUUUUCCCUGUUCCUGGGGUUUAUUUCUUGGACAAAAAUGUAGAUGUGUUCAUUACUGAUGUCACAGGAUAACUUUGGAAUAUGUCAUUAAUGAAGUCAUACAUCACAUUUAUAAUUUUAUAAUGAUUACAAUUUAUACACUCACUGAGCACUUUAUUAGGAAAACCUGUACACCUACACAUUCAUGAAAUUAUCUAAUCAGCCAAUCAUGUGGCAGCAGUUCAAUGCCUACAGUCAUGCAGAUACGCAGUCUCUAGAGUUUACUCAGAAUGGUGCAAUAAAGAAAAAAACAUCCAGUGAUGAGUUGAAUCUGCUUUGCUGAUGAGAGAGGUCAAUGGAGAAUGGCCAGACUGGUUCGAGCUGACAAAGACAGUAACUCAUAACCACUCUGUACAACUGUGGUGAGCAGAAAAACAUCUCAGGAUGCACAUGUCGAACCUUGAGGCAGAUAGGCUACCACAGCAGAAGACCACAUAAGGUUCCACUUCUGUCACCCAAGAACAGAAAGCUUAGGCUGCAGUGGGCACAGGCUCUCCAGAACUGGACAGUUGAAGACUGGAAAAAUCAAGGAAUUUUGAUAUCUGCUGAGGCACAGAGAUGGUAGGGUCAGAAUUUGGCACCAACAGCAUGGACCCAACCUGCCUGUGUCCAGGCUGGUGGAGGUGGUGUAAUGAUGUGGGGAGUGAUUUCUUGGCACACUUUGGGCCCAUUAAUACCAAUCAAUCAUUGCUUGAAUACCACAGACUAUUUGAAUAUUGUUGCUAACCACUGGAUCUGAAUCCAAUAGACCACCUUUGGGAUGUAGUAGAACAGGAGAUUUGCAACAUGAAAGUGCACCUGAUAAAAUCUACAGGAACUGCAUAAUACAAUCAUGUCAACAUGGACCAGAAUCUCAAAGGAAUGUUUCCAACAUCUUGUAGAAUCCAUGCCACGAAGAAUUGAGGCUGUUUUAAGAGCAAAGGGCGGCCCUACCCAGUAUUAUUAUAGUGUUCCUAAUAAAGUGCUCAGUCAGUGUACAGACUACAGACAAUAGAAAACAGACUAUUAACAUGUCGUUGCUGGAUCAUCUAGAUGUGCAGGAGGGCUGAAAAAAAAUGUCUGAUGAUUAAACUUUUAUACAAACAUGAGAUGUGGUCCUAUGGCAACUGUCCUCCCACCUCUAAGCAGCAAUGUUUUAUUCCUUUUUUGUGAAACACAGUUUAAAAAAAUACUCCUAACAAGUUUUGGAAGUGUGGCAAUCAGACAUUAGUCAGGGGUCAGUUGCAACCAACAGGGUUAAUAAAUGUACA